AUGCCCGCCCGGGCGGCAGAGCUGGGCGCCCUCCGGGAAUCCGGAGCCGCUUCCAGUGCCACUCCUUCCAAACCACGUGACCGCGUGGCCGCCUUUCAGGAGCUAGCGAAGGCCAAGCGCGGCUUGCCCCGGCAUCUGGUGGCGGAGAUCGAACGCCGCAAGGUCACCACCGUCGAGGAGGCCGCUCACGUGGCGCAUGUGCUGCGCACAAAGCGAACGAAAUCGCACAAAAUCGCAAAGCCACGCAAACCCCUGAAGAAGAGCAAGGCUCCGAAGUCUCCGAAACCCGCGGAGCUGACACGGCCUAGCGGCAAGGCCGCUCGUAAGGUCAUUUCACGCAUGACAAAGGCGCUGAACACAGGCGUCGUAAAAUUGUAG